AUGGAGCCGGCGCGGAGGCCGCGGCUGUCGCUCAGCCGCCGGCGGCCCCCCGAGCCCGAGCCCGAGCCCGAGGCCGAGCCCGAGCCCCGCGCGCCCCCCGCCGGUCCCUGGACCCCGCGCGAGCACGAGCGUCCGUGGUCGGCGCUGCUGCGCGUGGCCAGCGCGGAGCUCGGCGCCGACGGGGCGUGCCCACCGCUGCCCGCGCGGCCCGGCCGGGAGUCGCGCGCGGCCCCGAGCUCCCUCCGGCCCCCGCAGGAGCGCGCGCGCGCCCCCGAGGUGUUCUCCGUGGGACGCGAGACCUUCACGUGGCUGCCCCUCCCGCCCCGCGGCUCCGCCGAGCUCCCGCCCGCGACCCCCGGCCCGGCCGGACACGCGCCCGCGGCCUUGCGCCUGCGCACGCGCCGUCUGCACGCUGCCGACUCCAAGGCUCCGGAGCGCCCCCCUGUGGCCGAGCACGGAGCCGGGCCGGGUGUCCGGUUCCACCUGCUGGGCGGGGGUCCUCUCCCCAAGGAGCUGUCCAAGGAGCUUGGAGAAGCCCGUGGCCUCAGGCUGACCCAGCUGGAUGUCGAUGGCCACCUGGCCCAGUGCCUGGCAGGAGGUACCACGGCCGAGAUGUGA